AUGUCGAAAAUUAUCUGUGCAACAUCAACAACAAGAGAUCCAAAGUCAUCAUCCCAUCAUCAAAAUCGACCAAAAUAUAUUUCAUCAUUAGAAAAAUUGGACGAACGAACAAAAAAUUGGCAACCUAGACGAGUGGAAGAAGAAAAUCGAUUAAACCAACUCUAUGAACAAGGUAAAUGUGAUCUUUUUCGACCAUUAUCUUCUUAUAGAUAUUAUCAUAUUCACAAAAAUACACCCAUUGAUUUAAUCGAUGACUUAAUUGAUUAUGCUGAAGUGGUAAAAUGUUAUACAAUUGAUACUGAAGCUCAAUUAGUACCAAAAAGACCAUCAAUACCAGCAUUAAUACAAAUUGAAUAUGUUUAUGAAGAUAAUCCAUCAAUUCUAUUACUUAUUGAAUGUAUGUAUUUACCUGAACAAAAUGAACCAACUUUUAUAAAAAUUAAACAAUUAUGUAAAAUUAUCUUUUCAAUGGGACAUAUAAUCUAUUCAUGGGGAAACCUCGUUGAUGAACUUGAAGAUUUUUAUCGAUACAAUUUAUUCGAUGAAAAUGAUAUAAAUCAUGUUCAUGAAAGAAAUAUACAAGGUGAAUUUAAGAAAUAUUUCAAUACAACUUAUUCAACAUCACCAGAUAUUAAAUUAAAAUCAAAUGAAACUUAUUCACUCCAAUUUGCAAUCCUCAACACGUUCAAUGAAUGGUUGACCAAACGUUAUACGCUUGGAAAUUUCAGUUGUGGUCUUGAUCUCGACUUACAUACAAUAACUGUACCAAGACAAUAUAUACAUAUGCAAGAACAAGUCAUUCAAGAUGAAAAACAAAUAAGACAAUUAUUAAUUAAUUAUGCAUUAAAUGAUUGUCUUAGUGUUACGAAAUUAGUGCAUGAAUUACCAUCACCAACAAGAUCUUCAACAUCAACAACAACAACCAAUGAUAUAUUUACAUUUAAUUAUUUCGAAGAAGAAUAUGAUGAUAUAUCUUCAUCUGAUGAAAUUUGUUAUCAUGUUGAAAUUAAUGCACCGAAUGAUGAAUCAACACUAAAUGAUCAUGAUAUUUCUGAUGAACAAAACCAAAAUUCAUUAACCGGGGUUCAUGUACGAGAUGAACCUUAUGAAAUGAUAAGUGAUAAUGAUAUCGAUGAUAUUUCGUUACCAGAAAUUAUGAAAUUACAAUUACCGUUGAAACAACAUCAUUCAGAUGAACCUCAAGAAAGGGUUCAUGAUACAGGUAAAGUUUUAAAUGAAAUUGAAAUAAUUUCAGAUGAUGAUAUUGAACGAUGUACAAUAACAAGACCCUCUGAAUCUCAACAACAUCAACAACAUCAAUCAUUAACAAGAAACCAAAGAAAAAAUAGAAAGAAACGAAGUCGAAGAUAUCAAUUUGAAGUGAUUCGACAUAUUUAUUAUAAAUUUACAAUUAGAAACAUCAAGAAAAUUUUAAUAUUUAUGAAUAUCCCAUAUGUUAACAUAAACGUCGUCGGAACAACAUUAUUUUUAGGUGUGAAGAACGAAUCGAUUCGAAAAAUGGCUGAUGAAGCAUUACAUAGUGGUAUAUUCACGGAAGAACAUUACCAUCGAAUACGAAAACAACUGCAUCUUGAUAAACAAUAA